UAAUACUUUUCUUUUCUAUCUGUUUCUCCCCUCGACAAACCACACCUGCUAGGCCUUGGCCAAGAAACCAAAGAGCUCACAGCUGUGUACUGAGCUUGACCUCAUCAUGCCAUUCCUUUUAUCCUAAGAAACACAGCCUGUUUCCUUCACAUCUCUCUCUCUAGUCGGCGACGCUUAUAUAUCUCCCUCCCAAAUACCCUUCACCUCUCCCUUUCUCUUUCAGGCAGCAAGUAAAACCACCAACUCCAAAACCACUUCACUUGAAGUUUUCGGGGACCUUUAAUCUUUCAAAAGAGUAAUGGAUCCGUGUUCUUUUGUACGGAUACUUGUUGGUAGCUUAGCACUCAAGUUUCCCGUCUCUUCUAAACCCUCUUUGUUAAGCCUACAAUGCUUUUGCAAGAUCAAGCUCAAGAAUUUCCCUACUCAAAAAGCUACAAUUCCUUUAGUGAACAAUCAAAACCAACAGGGAAAUCAUAACCCAGAAAGCAAUUCUUUAUCGAAUUCCUUAGCUGCAUGUUAUAGUCUUGACAAGACACAAAUUGAUAAUUUUUUGUCUCGCAAGAAACCCAAGAGUUUGGAGAUUGAGGUAUACAGCAGAGACAACGGGGCUACUUGUGGAUUGAAAGAUGGGAAAUUGCUGGGGAAGGUGACGGUGCCAUUAGACCUGAGAAAGACAGAGUCUAGGCCUUGUGUUAUGCAUAAUGGAUGGAUUGAUAUUGGAGAAAACAAGAAAGGAGAAUCUACGCAGUUUUAUCUGUGUGUUAGAGUUGAGCCUGAUUCAAGAUACGUGUUUCAGUUUGGUGGGGAUCCUGAGUGUAGUCCUCAGGUUUUUCAAGUGCAAGGGAGUGUUAGGCAGGCUGUUUUCACUUGCAAGUUCAGUUUGAGGAAUCCAGGGGAUCGUAAUUUGGUUUCUAUGCCAUCGAUGACAGAACCAACUCCAUCAAGAAAUUGGCUACCCUCCCUUGGAGCUGAUAAAGACCCACCAGCAAAAGAACGAAAGGGAUGGUCAAUCACAAUCCAUGACCUAUCUGGAUCGCCUGUUGCAAUGGCAUCAAUGGUGACACCAUUUGUACCAUCCCCAGGUUCGGAUCAUGUUAGUCGGUCCAAUCCCGGGGCAUGGCUAAUUCUUCUCCCAUCACACGGUACCUGGAAGCCAUGGGGCCGUCUGGAGGCUUGGCGCGAACGUAAUGCCAACGCUUUAGGAUACCGAUUUGAAUUGCUACAUGAUUCUGUUUCAGCCUCCCCUACCACCACAACACUAGUCAAUUCAGUUAUCAACGCUAAAAAUGGAGGGAAAUUCACAAUUGACAUGACAAAUAGUGUUAGCACCCCGGCGAGCAGUCCACAUUCUAGUUGCGAUUUUGGUUCCGGACCGGGGUCUGGAUCGUGGUCCGGAUCCGAGUUUGGUCUAGGGUUGUUGUCCCCGUUUGUGUACAAAGGUUUCGUAAUGCAAUCAAGUGUCAACAAUGGUAAUGGUCGGUGCAACAAGACAGAGGUGGAGAUUGGGGUGCAACACGUGAACUGUACAGAGGAUGCGGCAGCCUUUGUGGCAUUAGCAGCAGCUGUGGAUCUAAGUGUGGAUGCUUGUAAAUCCUUUACUCAUAAGCUAAGGAAAGAGUUGAGACAGGGUCAGAGUUUUGUCGUUUGAUGUUUGUGUGGAUGAGGAUUGAUCUGUCGUUUGAGGAGCAUUAGAUGAGUUGGUUAGGUAUUGGAUUCUUUUUGCUGAUUAGAUAACUAACAGCAGUUUAUUAGCUGUAUGCGAUGCAUUAUUAUUUUUUUGUACAGAGAGGAAUGACAAAGCGUGGCGCUAUUCUUUUAAUUUUA